AUGGGGGAAGAGGCCAUUGUCAUCAUUGAUGACGAUGCGGCGGAUGUCCUGUCGCCGGAGCAGUUUGUGACCCCGCCCGUGAAGCGAGCUUAUCAUUCCCCGGGGUCCGAGGACCGGAGACCUCACCAUAUGGACUCGCAAACUACAGUGGAGUAUGAUGCUGACGAUGUCAACCCGUGCAAGCUUUUCGAGGUGACAUCAGCAGUCACCCCGCCUAAGGAUCUGCAUGUUGGGGCUAGCUUUUUGUCCGAAGGCAGCAAAGGAUCCAGCAACGAGAGUCUCGAAGCAGCCCCGCGACCCAACAAGAAAGCUUGCCCUUCUGCGUGCAAGAGUGUGCCGUGCAAGGAAGAGCGACCGAAAGCUCCUGUGCUAGGGCUCCACCCCAAACAGGAGGAUGCCGCCGUUCCUCCCAAGGCCGAUCCUAUGCAUCGCAAACGGGCGCCCCCUCCCAGCAGCUCUCCAGCUGCAAGCAAAGCGUGCACAGCUCCACCCGCACCCGUGCCCAAGGCAGCCCCUGUCAAGGCGUGCAAGGUGGAUGGUGAGAACAACCUGCAGACUCCAAGCCCGAAGGUGGCUCAGCCAGUGCUGGUUACCCCACCAGCGCCCGUGCCCACUCGUCGGCGGCUGUGCAAGGAGACCCCACCUACCGAAGUGGAGAAGAAGAUUGAGCCACCUGCUGAGUCUGCCCCAGAGGCUGGUCUCGACGAGGUUCCUCAUGAAUGGGUGGAGAUGGCGGAGAUCAAGCAGAACUAUCCGGAGAGCGGAAUUGAUGAAUUCUGCAACCAGAAGCUGUUGUAA